AUGCCUUUGUUUGGAGUGAAUCAAAUACUCUACGAGGCAGCCAGUAAAACACUCUCCAUUUCCAGGCUGCUUCACCGCUCAUUUGAAUUAUGUACACUGGAUUGCUUUCCUCAAGAAAAAGUGGAACUACUUGUACAAGAUGAGGGUGGCCUUAAUAGCUCCGUUAUUCUUACUAGCCUCGACUACAACAACUACACAGGUAAGCUGCUCUCUUACCUAGAGCCAGUCCUCCUGAGUUCAGAGCGGAGCAGGUUUGUGAAGUGUUGGCACGCUAAGACAGACGGCUGGGCGGCAUCGACAUUCCACAGCAACUGUGAUGGGAGGGGACCCACAGUGACAAUCAUCAAAGUGAACGAUUCCAUAUUUGGUGGAUACACUGACGUAUCAUGGAGCAGUUCCUGUGAUUGGUCUUCCGCCGCCAAAGCCUUUUUAUUCUCAUUUAACAACAUCAAAGGAUACAAUCCUGUGAAGCUGACACAAUACCGAAACCAGCAACACGCAAUGUACACAUGUUCCUCCUACGGACCCACUUUUGGUUCAGGACAUGACAUCUUCAUACGUGACGACGCAAUAAACAAUCAACUCUCUUAUACUGAAUGCGGUUGGACGUACUCUAACCCCACGGGUUAUUCAGCUGGAGACUGUGGAUUUUUCACGGGAAGUUUUUAUUUUACUCCAUCUGACAUUGAAGUUUUCUUCGAAAUAGGUGGCCUUGGUGCAUCUAUUAUACUUGGAAGCCUGGACCCCAAUAAAUACUUGGGAAAGCUGAUUUCGUUUUUAGACCCAGUUCUUCCCAAUGCAUCCCAUAGUGACUUUGUUAAGUGUUGGCACGCUAAGGCAGACGGCUGGGCGGCAUCGACAUUCCACAGCAACUGCGAUGGGAAGGGACCCACAGUGACACUCAUAAAAGUGAACGAUUCCAUAUUUGGUGGAUACACCGACGUAUCAUGGAGCAGUUCCUGUGCUUAUUCUCCAGCCAGUAAAGCAUUUCUCUUCUCCCUCAACAACAUCAAAGAAUACAAUCCUGUGAAGCUGACACAAUACCGAAACCAGCAACACGCAAUGUACACAUGUUCCUCCUACGGACCCACUUUUGGUUCAGGACAUGACAUCUUCAUACGUGACGACGCAAUAAACAAUCAACUCUCUUAUACUGAAUGCGGUGGAACGUACUCCAACCCCAAGGGGUAUUCAGCUGGAAACUGUGGUUUUUUCACAGGAAGUUACAAUUUUACUCCUUCUGACAUUGAAGUUUUCUUCGAAAUAGGUGGCCUUGGUGCAUCUACUAUACUUGGAAGCCUGGACCCCAAUAAAUACUUGGGAAAGCUGAUUUGGUUUUUAGACCCAGUUCUUCACAGUGCAUCCAGCACUGACUUUGUUAAGUGUUGGCACGCUAAGACUGACGGCUGGGCGGCAUCGACAUUCCACAGCAACUGCGAUGGGAGGGGACCCACAGUGACAAUCAUCAAAGUGAACGAUUCCAUAUUUGGUGGAUACACCGACGUAUCAUGGAGCAGUUCCUGUUUUUGGUCUUACGCCGCCAAAGCCUUUUUAUUCUCAUUUAACAACAUCAAAGGAUACAAUCCUGUGAAGCUGACACAAUACCGAAACCAGCAACACGCAAUGUACACAUGUUCCUCUUACGGACCCACUUUUGGUUCAGGACAUGACAUCUUCAUACGUGACGACGCAAUAAACAAUCAACUCUCUUAUACUGAAUGCGGUGGAACGUACUCCAACCCCAAGGGGUAUUCAGCUGGAAACUGUGGUUUUUUCACAGGAAGUUACAAUUUUACUCCUUCUGACAUUGAAGUUUUCUUCGAAAUAGGUAAGUUAUUGUACAGAAGCACUUAA